GUUUGCUAUAACUGGGUCCCCGAUUGCUGAAGUUGUUAGAUCUGGAAGGAAGUGUCACCGCGGCGCUCCCGAGAAGGCUUGAAAAUGUUAUUGAUCGGUAUUCUCCCGCUACUGGCGCUGCUGGGUGUUGCCACCGCCGACUUUGACACUGCUAUCUUAGAAAGGCACAACUAUUACCGACAAAUGGAAGUAAGUGGCGAAGGAGCCCUAGACAUGGCGAAUCUGACAUAUUCAGACACACUGAAAAACAAAGCGCAAGCCUGGGCCGACAAUUGUGUUUGGGAACAUAGUCCGCCUCAAUCGAGGCGAGGUAUAGGGGAGAACCUGGCCAUGUCGUCGCGGUCGGUUCAGAUUAACCUCGAGAGGGAAGCAUACUCCUCGGUAAAUAAAUGGUGCAGAGAAAAGGAAUUCUACUCCUAUAAGAACAACAAUAGUACAGAUGAAGAGGAAGCUGUCGGACACUAUAAGCAGGUCGUUUGGGCGAAAACCACAGAGAUCGGCUGCGCAUACAAACGAUGCACUAGUGGUCAUAAAGACGGUAUCGAUAAAGAAUGGAAUUAUGUGGUCUGCAACUACAGCCCCGCGGGAAACAUUGAAGGCCAAAAACCUUACGAGAGCAACAGGAAGACCAAACCAUGUCCCAACUGCUCCGACGGUUCAUGUCCAAGCUGCAAGAAAAACAAACCAUGUCCCAACUGCUCCGACGGUUCAUGUCCAAGCUGCAAGAAAAACAAACCAUGUCCCAACUGCUCCGACGGUUCAUGUCCAAGCUGCAAGAAAAACAAACCAUGUCCCAACUGCUCCGACGGUUCAUGUUCAAGCUGCAAGAAAAACAAACCAAGUUCGAAUGGGAAAAAGAUGGUGAAGUACGCCAAAAAGGUGGCUAAAUAUAUUAAGGACUUGCUGGCCAAGUUGAAUGGUGACAACUUAAGCUCCAAAGGAAAAACCGUGGUGUCUAGAGUGCGCGAACUGGAUAGUUCCCUUGAAAAGCUGCUCGGGGCCAUGAAAAAGGUUUAAGCGGCUACGACCAACAUGACCCGAUCUACCGACCACGGUUCGGAUCAUUGGUUGAUUUGACGCCAUAUGGUUACCUUGACAACAUACAGGACAACCCUUUUUAUGUUUCAUUGACGAUGAUCCACCGAUUUCCAUCAUAUUCCUCAUGACAUUGGGCAAAUAAUCAUCAUGCUACGCACCAUUAGAUGUAUAGACGUUCCAUAUAUUAAAGCAAAGCAGAACUAAAGAA